AUGCAGCUCAAACCCAUGGAGAUCAACCCCGAGAUGCUGAUCAAAGUGCUGGCCCGCUUGGGGGUCGUGGGCCAGUGGUGCUUCGUGGACCUCUGGGGGCUGGAGGAGGAGGCGCUGGGCUCGGUGUCGGAGCCCGUCUGCGCGCUGCUGCUGCUGCUGUUUCCUCUCACCGCACAGCAUGAGAACUUCAAGAAAAAAAAACAGAUUGAAGCGCUGAAGGGACAAGCAGUAAGCCCCAAGGUGUACUUCAUGAUGCAGACCAUCGGCAACUCCUGUGGGACCCUCGGGCUGAUACACUCCGUGGGCAAUAACCGAGACAAGCUGGAGUUCAAUGACGGGUCAAUCCUGAAACAGUUGCUGUCUGAAAUGGAGAAGCUGUCCCCCCAAGACAGAGCCACAUGCUUUGAGAAAAACGAGGCUAUCCAGGCAGCCCACGACGCCGUGGCUCAGGAGGGCCAGUGUCGGGUAGAUGACAAAGUGAAUUUCCAUUUUAUUCUGUUUAACAAUGUGGAUGGCCACCUCUGUGAACUUGAUGGCCUGAUACCUUUCCCUGUGAACCAUGGAUCCAGCCCGGCGGACUCACUACUGCGGGAUGCUGCCAAGGUGUGCCGAGAAUUCACCGAGCGGGAGCCAAGGGAAGUCAGCUUUUCUGCUGGGGCCCUCGGCAAGGCAGCCUAA